AUGCUUCGUCCAUGCAGUGGACUCCUGUCAGCCAGAGACUUUCUUGCGAGUUUAGCAUUCAGAGUAUUUCAGACAACGCUCUACGUAAGACACACUGGAUCGCCGCAUCAUAGCCCUGAACCGGAUUUGAUCCACGAGUUCAUCGGUCAUUGUCCAAUGUUUGCCGACCCCACAUUGGCGCAGUUUUCGCAAGAGAUUGGUCUCCUCUCACUUGGCGCUACUGAUGAGCAAAUCGAACAUUUGGCCACGGUAUGGAAGACUAAAACUAAUUGUCGACGACCGAUGACGGGUUUACGCAUGAGAAGACGCGUUCUCGGUGAUUUUCAAGGAAUUGAAAAUAGAACUAGAACCUUUCAGGUCUAUUGGUUCAUAAUUGAAUUCGGACUGUGUCGUCAAGAGGGACGCUACAAGGCGAUAGGAGCCGGGCUACUCUCAUCAUACGGAGAAUUGAUGCAUGCGUGCUCUGAUAAACCAGAUCAUCGCCCAUUCGAUCCGGAGACGACUGCCCUCCAGAAGGUCGAGGAUGCAGAUUAUCAGCCACUUUAUUUCGUUGCUGAUUCGAUUAUUGAUGCAAUGAUCAAACUCAGACGUUACGCUCGCAGUAUCAAACGUCCGUUCUCGGUUGUGUAUGAUCCGAUCACGAGAAGCGUCGAAAUCAUCAAGGAAGCACAGGAUUUGGUGACCACAAUCGAACGCUUCAAAGCGGAUCUAUCGGCUGUUACAGAUGCCAUCGAAGCUGUCAGCAAGGACGCACACCAGCACUAUCGCAUCACUAAUGAAUGA